UAGCUGGAUAAGACAAACCGGCUAACAAUAGCUAUCUAGUCACAUCCAACAAUUAAUUUUUUUUGGGUUAAUUGGAUCCAUGCCACUGCAAAUAUGACAAACCAAAAAUAUAUCACUACUAUUCACGUUAGUAGAUAGAUGCCACUGAAAAUUUUUAAAAUUAAAACCAUGCGACUCCGUCACCCUUCCUUCCUGUCCUCCCCGUCAUUCUUUCCGUCCUCUCGCAUCCUAUUCCCGUCCUUCUCCUCAGCCCAUGUACAGUGCAUUCCCCAUCAGCUUGAACAGCGGCGUGAGGCGGGUGACCACGGCCGCGUCACUGCCGGCGAAGAUGGAGAGCGUCGCCUUGCAGGCCCCACGGUCGCCACCGGAGACCGAGGCAUCGACGGCAGCGUAGCCUUUGGCGGCCGCGACCUCGGCAAUCUCCGUGGCGAGAGUGGGGUCGGAGGUGGUCAUGUUGACGAGCACGCCGCUUAGGGCGAGGCCGGCGAGGGCGCCCGUGGAGGGGUGAGGGAGGUGGAGCGGACGUCGGAGGGGAAGCCGGCCAUGAGGAAGAUGACAUCGGCUGCGACGGCGGGCGCGCGCGGGCUUUCUGCGAGGGUGGCGCCCCGGCGGCGAGGAGGUGACCGGCCAUGGACUGGCCCAUGACGUUCGCGCCGGUGGUGGAUGACGGUGACAAGUGGAAGGGGUUGGUGACAGCGAGCGAUGGACUGGGAGGGACCAUCGCCGGGGCAGCGGAGGAGGAGGAUGACGGGGAGAGAAUCUCGAUCUGAGCUCUCCCCCCUCCCCAUGAUGACCUCGCCGCUCUCCCGCCCCGAUCUGCGGCACCGGCAUGGCGCGGUUCGAGGUGGACGGUAAGUUGGUAGAGGGCGUGGACCUGCUCCGUGCUCUACGCGUUCUAGCUGGUGGUUGUGGUCCUGACGCUCGACUUCACCGACGCCCUCGUCGUCCUCUGCGCGCUCUCUGCCUCCCAUGUCCUCGCCUUCCUCUUCACUGCACGGUUUGUCGACUUCCGGGCGUUUGUUGAGUACUACAAGGCGAGCCUCCCCGCGCGUGCGCCACUGGGGCCGAGCUCGUGGAGCCCUUCUCACUGCUCAUGCUCUUCUCCCGGCGGCGACGAUAUGCGGCGUGAAGAGAGAACGGGAGGACGGAAAGAUUGACAUGGGGGAGGACGGGAAGGGUGACGGAGUGGCAUGAUUUCAAUUUUAAAAAUUUUCAGUGGCAUCUAUCUAAUAACGUGAAUAGUAGUGACAUUUUUUUCGAUUUGUUACAUUUGCAGUGACAUGGAUCCAAGUAACCUUUUUUUCCCUUCCCUACGGGCUACGGCUACAGAUGUUCGGUUCCCCCUCUUUCUUUCUUUGGCCAUGUGCCCCACCUAGGGGUGGAUAGCGAGCCGGCUCCGCUCGGCUCGGUCAUACUCGUUAUGAUAACGAACUGGCUAGGCUCGGCUCAUUAUCGUAACGAGCUAGAAACCCAGCUCGGCUCGGUUUGUUUGAAAGCUCGAGCUAGCUCGUUAGGCUCGCGAGCCAACCCAUCCAAACCAUCCAGCUGGCGGCAGAAGAGGAGAGGACCUAGCAGCUGGCGAUGGGCAGCCUCCUCCGCGUGGAUGCCGUGGUGCGCGGAGAGGAGACGGCGUGCGGAAGGUAUGGCGCGCCUCCACCAUUGGUGGUGGCGGGCGGUGGCUCGCUGCCGUGGCGCGGGCGGAGCCUUAGGUUGUGCCGCUAUGCGGGUACGAAGGCGGGGUGAGGAGGAAGAUGCGAACGGAGAGGGAGGAGUUGGGAUCAAUGUGGAGGUCCUUGGAGGUGACAUCGUCCGCCACGGAGAAGGCCUGGUUCAACGGUGCCGUGGCCUCGUUCGCGCGAUAAGAGACCCCGAACGCCGCACGUCGUCUUCCUCGCGCGGUGGCUGGCGGCGGCUGGUGGAAGUGCAGCGGCCCUAGCGGCUGGCAACGGCGCACUGUGGAACAGCGGAAGGGGAUCGAGGAUUCGCCAGAGACAGAGAAAGAUGCGGUGCGCCGGAUGACUGGAUGAGCUAUCUAGGGUUUUGCUGUUGUCUUAAGCCUUAGUAUUGUCUUGGGCUGGGCCUUUGCUGUCGUCUGUUGGAGUCCUGACUUACUAAAGCUCGUGAGCAGCUCACGAGCCAGCUCGAGCUGACUCGUUAUCUUUAACGAGCUAAAAUAACAGCUCAGGUCGUUAGAAAAAUUAAACGAGCCAAACCGAACCGAAUUUAUCACGAGCAGUACGAGUUAACAAGCCACGACCUCCUGUCCACCCCUAGCCCCACCCCACAUGACCGCCCAUUUCCGUAUUCUCCGGCAGGAACACAAAUCUUCCCCAUUUUUUUUUUGUUCGCUUCCAUCCGCCGCAGCAGGAAACAAACCGGCGAUCCAUCCAUCCAUGGCCGCCGCCUGCGCGUGGGACGCCCUCCCGGAGCACCUCCAGGAGCGGAUCCUCUCUCUCCUCCCGCUCACCGCGCUGCUCCCCGUCGCCGCCGCCUCCCGCGCGCUCCGCCGCCUCCUCCGCUCCCGGGCCUUCCACGCCCUCCUCACCCCGCACCGCCUCGACGCCUUCUUCCUCCUCUCCCCGCGCCUCGCCUUCCACCCGCUCUCCCGCCGCCUCCUCCCCGCCCCGCCCGCCGCCUCCCCUCCCGUCGUCUCCUCCCCCUCCCACCUCGUCACCGCCGCCUCGCUCCUCCGCCUCCCGCCCCUCCCCGCCACCUCCUACCUCCUCGCCGUCGUCCUCCCCAUCCCGGCCUCCUCCUCCUCCUCCUCCUCAUGCUCCCGCGAGUUUACCCUCGUCGCGGUCACCGCGGGCGCCCGUGUCCGCUCCUACACCCUCGACUCUGCCGAUCCCUCCCCGCGGUGGGACCCUCGAGGGGAUCUCCCUCUCCCGUUCGCGCUCCUCGGCAACGCGGCUGGCGACCGCCGCCAGCUCUUCGUUCUCGGCCGCGGCCCCGACGCGAUUCUCGUCUUUGAUCUCGCGACGGGGCAGUGGACGGUGCUGCCCGCUGCGAUGCCACUCGGCCUCACGACGGCACACCUGUUCGUCUUCGGUGGGCGGCUGUUCUUGGUAGGCGGGGUGGAGAGGUUUGGGGUGGUGGAACGUGUGCUGGUGUGGAGGCUGGAGGGCUCCGAGGCGGCCGCGGAGUGGACGGAGGUGGGAGCGAUGCCGGAGGAGGUGUUCGAUGAGCUUGUGGCUGGUCGGCAUGGCAGCUUCUGGCAUUUUCAGGCUGCAGACAGAAUGGGGAUCGUUUGCCUGUACAAUGCUGUAGAUGGGAGGCUGGUGAUGUUUGAUGCGGUGGAUGGUGGGUGGACUAGGCUGUCACGAGUGUCUGGUUUGGACGUUGAGGAGAGCCGCCGGUGGUUUGGGCAUGUCGUGGAGCCGCGCGUGGAACUCCUGCUGGGAUAGUGCAGCUGAGGCUGACGAGACACUGUGGAUACUCUUUUUGGCAAUGUAUCUUGGGCCUGAUGUGGAGAUGUUGGAAAUGUUGCAUUGGUGAUACAUUCAUGUUUCAGGUUUCCCCCUAUUCCAGGUCAUAUUUUGUACUUCUGUUUUAUUUUUGAUCAAAUCAUUUCAUAUUUUAUUUCUUAAACAAACCACAUCUGUUCUGUUUAGUCAUUAGUGUUAUAACUUGUUUCCAAUACACUGGAACACAUUAAGACUAAUUUCACGUGUGAAGUUGCUAAAAGUCAAAACUGAUAAUAAUAAUUAUUUAAUUAACAGUCUACCUUGUGAUGCUGGAAUAUCUCAGUACUGAGAAAAAGGUGUGUUUCAUUACAUUCCUUAAUAAUAAGUUGGAAUGGUUGAAAUCAAGAUUUCAAUUUUUCAAUGGUGUUGUUGAUGCUCUUAUCAGAUGGAUCAGUUGAUUGAGGGUGGGAGUAGAUUUAAUGACUUUCAUAGCUUACAAGUUAUAUCCAAUUGGUUUGCCUGUUGAAAACUUUGUGAGUUAUACUGAAGUCCUGCCUGGUUACAUCUUAAUUUUUUUUCCUGAUGUACCUUCCAUUAAACCCUUUUACUCUGUUCAUUAAAUCCUAAACUCUAAAUUGUGCUAUUCUUAUCGCUGUGACGUCAUCUCACCCUGGAUGUCUUUUGUUCUUUGAAUUGGUCAAUUCACUCUGGGUAAUCCAAAAUUUUUUAGAUCUUGUGAAUUUGUGUUAUAUGACCAGUUUAGGAUAUUUUGGUAUGGUUGAUGUUGUUGUGCAUUGCAUUUGACACAUUAAGCAUAGUGGCCUAUCCUAAUCUUUGCAGUCUAGCUGUUAUUUUAGAUCAUUAUCUCUACUACUUUAAAAGGAGAGUUUCGUUAACCCUACCCUUCUUCCUUUGCCUGCCUCUUCAACCACACUGUUCUGUGAGCCUGAAUUGAACCAAGCUUAAAAUUACCACCCAAUCCGCUCCUCUCUGGCCUCCGCUUCCCUUGGUCACACGGUCACGCCUACAUGCUGCCACCAGACCACCUCUUUGUAAAUGCUAACUGCUAACCUUGUCAUCUCUCUUCCUCCUAUUAU